UAAGUGUUUGAAUUAAGCACACUUGUUGUGCCUUUGAUUCUUCUUAAGUGUGCAGCUUGCAAAGAGUAGUAAUCUCUUUUAUGUGUUUGCCGAAGCACAUUGAUUUCUUUCCACUUGUUCCUAGCUGGCUGGUGUUAGGACCCAGAAAAGAGACAGCAGCAACGUGAUAUAAAUAGAGUACCAGAAUGGGACAAAGUUUGAGGAGAAAGUAUGACAUCACUCAGACUUGCUCUCCACCCAAAAAGAUCUGGGAUGGAGGUACAAACGUGAGCGGGACAAGUGAGGAGUUAGCAACUCUUUUCAGUUCAGUUUCAGAGGAAUAGUGAGAGUUAUAUGCUGUAUGUGCUACAAGGAAGUAUGUUUUCUUGCUUGCAAAACUAAAACUGGCUUCAGAUCUCUGACAACGUGAAAGUAAUUUGAAAGGAAAAGGCAACCAUAGGAAGAAAGCUGAAAACAAGAUCUUUUCUUUUUGGCACAGAUUGUAACAGAAAUAUUUGACUACUUUCCAUGGAACAGUACAACUUUUGGAUCUGAUGCACAUUUCUUUUAAUUUUCCUCCAAUCACAGUAAUUUAUUUAGAGUUAAAUGAAGAGAACAAAGUGUGAAGCAAACAAACACUACUUAAAGGUUUGGAAGGAUAUUUUGCCAUCAUUGAAGGAAUGGACUUUUUGAAUCUUCAUGGAAAAUGCACCUUUUAAUACAAGAAGUAGCAAAGGAAAAUCUGUGAUUGAAAUCUUAUAGAACUUAUAUUUCAGUUUUACUUUUAACCUUAAAUAGACCAUGGAGAACUUAUCAUCUCUGCUCUCUUGUCAUUAUUCUCUGCUGAUUUUAUUUCAGUACAAAUAUCAGGUGUAUGGAAACUAUUCCCAGUUACCCAAACACCCAGGGUUCAAAGUUCUCGCAUCAGCUUCCCAUUACUGGCCAUUGGAAGAUGUGGAUGGAAUUCAUGAAUUUCGGGAUACAAAUGGAGCUCUAAGAAUCCACAACUUCACUGUGCUUCCUUCCCAUAACUCUACCUUUGUAUAUACCAAUGACUCUGCCUACUCUAACUUCUCUGCAACUGUAGAUAUUGUAGAAGGAAUGGUGAACAAAGGAAUUUACGUCACUGAAAAGAAGGGAGUUACCUUUCUCUUCUUUGGAAGCUAUCAAAAUUCUUGCAUUAGUAAUCCAGAAGUUUGUGGACCUGAAGGAGUAACAUUUUCCUUCUUCUGGAAGACUCAAGACCAACAAGCUAAGUUUCUCCCUGCCUCUGGUGGACAAGUAAUUUCCAGUGGUUUCAAAAUCUGUUCAAAUGAAGCUGAAGGCUCAGUGGAAUUUUACACCCGUGGAAAUGCAAUGAUGAAGUGGAAAGCAAGCUUUAGUCCACCAGGUCCUUACUGGACUCACAUUCUUUUUACUUGGAAAUCAAGGGAAGGACUGAAAGUGUACGUCAAUGGAACUCUAAACACAACUGAUCCCGAUGGGAAAGUUUUCUAUGAUUACGGAGACCCCAGUGCAAAUCUACUGACUGGAACAGAGGGGGAUCAGACCAAGCGCUAUGUGAAUGGGGCAUUUGAUGAAUUCAUUAUAUGGGAGAGGGCACUCACCCCCAAUGAAAUUGAGCAGUACUUCACAGCUGCUGUUGGUGUGCAAGUUCUGCUUUCUUCAACACUUCCAUGGUCUGUGAUGACAACCACUACAAAACCUGUGCUCUCUACAAAUGCCUAUCGUCCCAUCAUAACAAAUCUCACUGAGGAGAGAGGGAACUUCCGCUCCCCUGACACCAUGCUGGCCUACCUGGAGAACAUAUCCUUCAGCUUGCCCAACAAAUCCUUGUCAGAAAGUACUGCUCUGAGCCUAACAGAGGCAUUUUUAAAAGCCAUAGAAGACUUCAUGUUAUUGCCCAACUGGAGUGAUGUACCAGAGACCUCUUACAUAUUUGGAAGUCUAAUUCAAACUAUUGACAGUGUGAUGGCUCAUAUGACUUGCAAUCUGGAUGAAAACUCUUUACCUUCAACUCUUGAGGGCACAUCAUCUGUGGCAGAUUACACCUUGAUCAAGAUGUAUCCUCAGAUACUGAAUUUGUCCCACUAUCGAUUUCCAUCUCAAGGACAGAGUUAUAUUUCCAUUCCCAGUGAAGCUUUUCAUGAAAAAGCUUGGAUUACCAUUGUUGGCCUGCUUUACCAUAAUAUGCAUUAUUUCUUUCAUAAUAUCAACCCUAUGGAUACCAAGAUUGCUGAAGCUACUGCCUACAAAGGUUAUAUGAUCUCAGCAGCGAGUUACCUGAUCUCUGUCAAAGUGGAACCUCUACCCAAGCUGUCCCACAGUCUGUCAGGAUCUCCUCUUAUUACCAUUCAGCUCACCCACAAACUGACUCCCCGACAAUACAGCCAAGCACUAAAUAAGAGUAACAGAGUUCAUCUUUACUGUGCAUUUCUGGACUAUAGCAAUGGAACUGGUGUUUGGUCAAAUGAAGGUUGUGUGCGUGAAAGUGGGGACCUCAACUACUCAGUGUGUCUUUGUAACCACCUCACUAACUUUGCCAUUCUGAUGCAAGUGGUGCCUCUGAAGCUAACAAGAGAACACCAGGUGGCCCUCUCCUCCAUCACUUACGUUGGCUGUGCUCUGUCCAUCUUCUGCUUGACGAUCACGCUGGUCACAUUUGCUAUAUUGUCGUCUGUCAGCACCAUCCGCAACCAGCGCUAUCAUAUCCAUGCUAACCUCUCCUUUGCUGUCUUGGUGGCUCAGAUCCUGCUUCUCACCAGCUUUCAGUUCAGCCCCGGAACAGUGCCUUGCAAGAUCUUGGCCAUUCUCCUUCAUUUUUUCUUCCUGAGCGCUUUUGCAUGGAUGCUGGUGGAAGGAUUUCAUCUCUACAGUAUGGUGAUCAAAGUAUUUGGGUCAGAAGAGAGCAAGCACUUAUAUUAUUAUGGAAUUGGAUGGGGCUGCCCACUGGUGAUUUGUGUAAUAUCUACAUCGGCGUCCCUAGACAGCUAUGGAGAAAGUGGCAACUGCUGGCUUUCACUAGAGAAUGGAGCAAUCUGGGCUUUCGUGGCACCAGCGUUGUUUGUAAUUCUGGUCAAUAUUGGUAUUCUCAUUGCUGUCACAAGAGUUAUCUCAAGAAUCAGUGCAGACAACUACAAGGUCCACGGAGAUGCCAAUGCCUUCAAGCUAACAGCUAAAGCCGUCGCUGUCCUCUUACCGAUCUUGGGAAGCUCGUGGAUCUUUGGAGUUUUGGCUGUCAAUGCCCAUGCAUUAGUAUUUCAGUAUAUAUUUGCUGUUUUCAAUUCACUCCAAGGAUUUUUCAUGUUCCUGUUUCACUGUCUUCUGAAUUCAGAGGUUAGAGCUGCCUUUAAGCACAAAACCAAGGUCUGGUCCCUUACCAGUAGCUCAACGCGCAACAUCAAUGUGAAACCCUUCAACUCGGACAUUAUGACUGGGAACAGGCCAGGCACGACCCCCACAAAGCUGAACACCUGGGAUAAAAGCACCAAUUCAGGCAACCGCAUUGAUUUAUCAGCAGUCUGACAGUAAUACCAGCUUCUAAGUGAAAAUCAAGCCAUACAUUCAGGACCUCUGACACAGCAUCCACCAGUUUUUCUUCACUGUUGGUACCAGUAGAAAACUGCUUUUUUAAUCACUGCCUAAGAAAUUGGAAAUUGCCAUAUUGUUUUGUUGAGUAAAUAGCCCUCAUCUGCUUACCUUCAAAACUGUAACACCUUCUACCACUUGGCUCUAGCAACAGAUGUAAUAAUAGCUAGCACAGAAAUACACUGGAUGGUUUUGACAGCAACAAUGAAAACACUAGGUAUGCAAACAGGGCUUACUGCUAUCUGCAUCAUUCCAGCUCCCAGAACAGAGGAAAGGCAACAUACCUCUGGAAAGAUGAAUUUUUAUGCUUUAAAAUGAAAUGCUUCUCAUUGUGAUGUUGUAAUGGGGCUAUUCUGGUCUUGCUGUACACUCUGUUUACAUUUAUUGCCUUACAGAAUCCAAUUGUCAAAGUGGAAGCUUAUUCAAAACACAUAGUGUGAUGAUUAAUUUAAAUGCUACAAGGAAUCUGGGACAUGAGCGAGAAGCCUCUUCCACCUACGCAGCUCCCAGCGUGGCCAUGGAAUUAGCUAAACUAAUAUACACAUAUUAUGUCUCUAUGCACAUAAACAGCACCUGUAACAUGUAAAUCUCAUAUAUGUGGCCUACUGGUUUUUUAGAUAUUCCUGUUUACAUCCUACUUAUAAAAGGCAGAAGUGGCUAAGGGUAUCCUAGAGCAGUCCACAGCAUUUCUAUCACUGAUCUGUAUCUGCUCACAUAUCGCAGUGCAAAGUAUUUGUACUGCUUUGCCUGAAGCUUUUGGAUGCAAUCAAUAGCUGUCCAUUAAGUGCAUUUCACAAACGCACUGUGGCUUUUGGAAUCAAACUCUGGCACUGUGAUUUAUCUUUCCUCUGUUCCUGGUCAAAUCGAGACACUGAAUUCCAAUCAUAAAAAUGUAACACAAUGAUAUACUGUGAAGACAGCCAGACUACAAGUAAGUCUAUGUAUUGUUACCUACAGACAUCUUUUAAAUAGGUCUCUGCAGAGUCUUUUGUGUUUUUAAACUCUGCUCAGCACUUAAUAGCUUCUGCUUUAAAACUGCUAUGAAGGAUCUUUAAGGCAAAAAUCCACUGUAAUUUUUCUUUUGACCAGUGUUUUGUAGGUUCUCAGAGGGGGUGUUUGGAGCACCAAUGAUGCACCUUUCCAGACGGAGAAAAAGCAGGAUGUAAGCUCUGGAGCUGGUCAGAACCCCUAAAUCUGUGUCUUGCUCUGGGAUUGACUCAGCAGCCAGGGGCUCCAGAGCCAUUUCCAAAGAUGAGGCCCCCUACGCAGAGUGGCUUUGCAGCCACAUCUCCUUAGCCCCAGCUCUUCCCUGUUAGAAGUAUCUGUCUCCCUAACAGACUGAUUUGCUGGAAUCCCUUCUUUUCUAAUACACUGGGCUAUCAAAAUAGUACAAGGAAAGGAAAUAGCAAAAAAAAAGAGGUUGAAGAUUUGCCUAAGAGGUUUUGUUUUGGUCUUUUUUUCUUAAUUAAUUGUUUGUAUCUUCAGCAGCUCAGACCAUUUCUGGUCCCAGUGAAUGUAGCAAGACAUCUGCUAUUGAUUUCCAAGAGGAAAGACAUUUGCGCACUAAUGUGCAGGGUGGAAAUUGUUUAUUGCAUAGUAAAUUUGUGAAGAAGAAAAUAAAAGUAAAUUGAUCUGUAAGGAACAGGAAACAUUUAUCAAUUAGAACUCAAUUUAGGGACAUGUUUCAUCCAGAAGACAUGGAGCUGAAAGUUAGGAAACAUCAAUGCAUUUCACUUCUGAUCAGACCAAGUUCUUUCCAUGUUUCCUUCCU